CCUCGGGUGCCGCGGCGGCGGAAGGGGCGGAGGCGGCGGCGGCGCCGCCCGCGCUGCCCCGGAACCAGCGCCGGGCCCGGCAUGGCGGAGGCGGGGGAGGCGGCCGCGUUGGCCUGGAUGGACCAGGCGCUCGACGUGGCUAAGGAGGCGCUGGAGAAAGGGGAGGUUCCCGUGGGCUGCCUGCUGGUCUACAACGGCGAGGUCAUAGGCAGGGGCAGGAACGAGGUGAACGAGACGAAGAACGCUACUCGACACGCAGAAAUGGUGGCAAUCGACCAGGUCCUUGAGUGGUGCAAGCAACACAAGAGGGAUUACAGGGAGGUGUUUCCGCAGCUGGUGCUGUACGUAACUGUAGAGCCCUGUAUCAUGUGUGCAGCUGCCCUGCGCUUGAUGAAAAUUCCACGUGUCGUGUAUGGCUGUCGAAAUGAGCGAUUUGGAGGCUGUGGCUCCGUGUUGAGCAUCUCGUCUGAUGAUAUGGUGGACUCAGGAGACCCAUUUGAAUGCUCUUCUGGCUAUCGUGCUGAAGAAGCAGUGGAAUUGUUAAAAGCUUUUUACAGGCAAGAAAAUCCCAAUGCACCAAAAUCCAAAGUACGGAAGAAGGAUCGUCGUCAGUAGCCCUACCCUGGUGGGACACAGAAGCUUACCAAAAAAUUAUAUGUGAAGGUUUCUUCAGCAUGCUGCUUUUUUAAAUGUGUAGUUCAAACAAACUAUGUUUUAAUUUUCUCUACAGAGUUUUUACCAAUAGGAUACUUAGUAUCUG